AUGACAAACCUUCAGCCGCCCAAGACAGUCAAAGAUAUCAGAAGCUUCCUAGGACAUGCUGGGUUCUACAGGAGGUUUAUUAAAGAUUUCUCACAGAUAGCAAGGCCGCUAACACGCCUAUUAUGCAAGGAUAUUAACUUUGAGUUCACAGAGGAGUGUCACAAGGCUUUCACUAAGAUCAAAGAGGCAUUGGUCAGUGCGCCAGUGGUUCAACCUCCAAACUGGGAACUACCUUUUGAGAUAAUGUGUGAUGCAAGUGAUUAUGCAGUAGGAGCAGUGCUUGGACAAAGAAAGGACAAGAAGCUACAUGUGAUCUACUAUGCCAGCAGAACACUUGAUGAGGCACAAUGCAAGUAUGCCACAACAGAAAAGGAGCUUCUUGCUAUUGUCUUUGCAUUUGAGAAAUUUCGAUCAUACUUGGUGGGAUCGAAAGUUAUAGUUCACUCUGAUCAUGCAGCAUUAAGGUAUCUUUUAUCUAAGAAAGAUGCCAAGCCAAGAUUGUUGAGAUGGAUACUACUACUGCAAGAAUUUGAUCUUGAGAUCAAGGAUAGAAGAGGAGCAGAUAAUGGAGUAGCUGAUCACCUUUCAAGGAUGAGAGUUGAAGAAAAUCUACCCCUUGAUGAUAGGCUACCUGAAGAAUCAGUUUAUGCAGCUGAAGCUAGCAAUAAGCAUGGACAACUAGGCCAUCACAGGCCAGGAACAAAGAUCUCAUCAUCAAACACACCAUGGUUUCGCCACAUAGCAAACUUCCUUGCAGCUGAAUACCCACCACCAAACUUCUUUGGCUACAGAAAGAAGAAAUUUCUGCGUGAUGUAAGAAGGUACUACUGGGAUGAACCUUACUUAUACAAGAAAUGUUCAGAUGGAAUGUUUAGAAGAUGCAUACCUGAGGAAGAGGUAGAAGGAAUAUUGUUUGCUUGUCAUAGUUCUAGCUAUGCAGGGCACUUUGCCACUUACAAGACAGUAUCCAAGGUCCUACAAGCUGGAUUUUGGUGGCCAACUAUGUUUAAGGAUGCUCAUGCAUUCAUAUCAAGAUGUGAUGCUUGCCAAAGAAUGGGAAAUAUAAGCAAGAGGAAUGAGAUGCCACAGAACUUUAUACUAGAAGUUGAAGUUUUUGAUGUUUGGGGCAUUGACUUUAUGGGACCUUCCCAACCUCUUUUGGUGACCAAUACAUUCUAG